ACACAAACACACCAUAUCCAAUGGAUCCAUUAUUCUCUUAUACCAAUGUACAUACCUCUUCCUUCAACAUACUAUUCUCCUUAUUUUACAAGAAGCACCAUGCUCAGUCUAAACCAAAGACUAUCACCAUGGCUACCAUUACACCUGCACUGACCACCACCCAAUUAUUAACACCCCGCACGGAGCCAUGUGUAUUGCCGCAACAGAUGAUUGACUUGUCAAUGCUUCUACAAAAUAACAGUAAGAUCCCAGUGUGUUCAAGCGGUGUAGGUCAUUUGCAGCCACUGAAUAACAAAAAUGUGAUGCCAGUAGAAAACAAAGACCCACCUGCAGCCCAACAGCCUAAAAGGCCUGCUUGGACAGAGUCUCAUGCUUAUCUCAGAGGAUCGCGUACAAAUGGUGAUAAUCUCAGAAUUCUUGCAACUGAAAUCAACAUGAUUCGCGCUUCUAAAAUCACAAGGUCUCUUAAGCCAAGACGUCCAUACUCUCAUAAACGUGAUGAUCCCUUUGUCUGGGGAAAAUCUACUUCAUUAAGGAUCUCCUGUUCCAGUCAAUAGCGUGUGUGUAUAUGUGUGUGUGUGUGUAUAUAAAUAUAAAUAAACUUUUUUUUUUCCCUUUCACAUUAA